AGUUACAACAAUUACAAUCCUCCAUACAAAAAUAGUCCAAAUUGAUUGAAUGAAAUUGUAAAUUAGAAAAUAAUAACAGAAUUUUGUCGUUAACUGAAUUAAAAAUAAACAUCUAAAACAUAACAUUCUUUAAUAAAAAAAAUGCAAAAUGGCUAAGGAAAUCAGUAUAACCUGUCGAACAUGUCUAGAGAAAAAUGAACAAUUAUUGUCAAUGUACGAUGAUGACGACAACAAAAUUGUUGAAAUGCUAGAAUAUAUUCUUGAUACACAGCUCGAUGUUAGCGAUGAACUGCCCCAAAAAGUCUGUCAUGGCUGCUUCGAUGACAUCAGUCGUUGCUACUCGUUUAAAACAAAAUGCAAUAAUUCAUUCCAAAUACUAAGGAAUAUGCUCGAUAAAAGAAAAACCAUACCAGAAUUUGUUUUGCACAUAAAAGUAGAACCUGAAGUACACAUUUCUGAACAAUUCGACCAAGAACUUAACCAAACACAAAUGACUGCCGACGAAUCUUUCGGCCAAAUAACAACAGUGCACUCAGUUUUCGAUAUGGGACAAAUAUCUAUUAAAAGAGAGCCCAUCGAAACAGUUGCUGGAAGCUAUAGUGAGUUGGGACAGUGUGAAAAGGAAGUCGUUACAUCUGAUAGUCAUACUGUUCAGUAUUUAAUAACGGAAUUGAAAGAUGAACCAGAUUCAAAUGAUGAAGUGCUUGAAGAAGAAGUAAAUAUUCUUCAUCACUGUGCUUAUUGUGGAGCUAGGUUUUCACAAGAAUUGGAUUUUAACAAUCAUUUGAAAAGCUGCAAGCAAAGCAAACCAAUCAAAUUAUUAGAAAGGCCUCUUCUUAACGCAAAAAAUAAACACUUGUGUCCUUAUUGUGACAAGGCUUUUCCUAGACCAUGUCGUCUUAAAAACCAUUUACGCAAACAUCCUGAAGAAGUUAAAGCUGACAAAAUGAAACAACCAUUACAAAUAAAGCCGCCCCCUAUUAAAAAGUUCAUGUGUCCUCAUUGCGAUUUGAGCUUUAUUUUGGAAACUAGUCUAAAAUAUCAUAUGAGCUUCCACAAAGGGGAAAAGAAUUUUAAUGAACUUUCCAAUAAAACGUUGAACUUAGAUACACACUUAGGUAACCAUACUAAACAAAAUAAACUCAAGUGUAAAGACUGUGGUCUUGUGUUUGAAAAGGCUACACAACUCAAAAGUCAUACAUUAGAUCAUAAAAGAAACCAAACGUUUCUAUGUAAAUCGUGUCCAAAGAAAUUUAUUCAUGCGGAACAUUUUAAAAUACAUAGUAUUCUAGCGCACAAUGACGAAAGACCAUUCAAGUGCAAAUUUUGUGGAAAUGGAUUUUCAAACAAGUAUAAAGUAAUUUAUCAUCAACGGAAACAUGUAGCUAAUUUCGAAUGACAAUAUUAUUUUAAAAUAUAUAUUAUAAGACUACAAUUGAAGAAUCUUAUUAGGGCAACUUUUUCGGAAGUAUUAUUGAUAUAAAAAUUUAUUAGAAUAGUA